AUGAUAAAUGACCGAGGACGCAACUUCCUAUCCAACGUUGUUAAAGAAGUAAUUCAUGUAUCCAAGACGCCUCAUCUUCUGACGACUGCUUACCACCCUCAGACCAAUGGCUUAACUGAAAGAUUCAAUAAGACACUAGCAGACAUGUUGUCCAUGUACGUAGACGUUGAACAGAAAAAUUGGGAUACUAUUCUACCAUUUGUAACCUAUGCCUAUAAUUCAGCCAAACAAGACACAACUGGAUUCAGCCCAUUCUUUCUCAUUUAUGGCAGAGAUAUCCAGGCUCCUCUCGACGUAAUUUUCCCAUACAGUAUCGAAGAUUCCGAAGGUAGUUAUGCGCAACAUUUGAUCACUAGAGCUGAAGAAGCUAAACAGCUUGCAAAACUCCAUAUUCUUAAAGCGCAAACCACAGACAAGCGCCGAUACGACGAGAGACAUCGAUCUGUCAGCUACAACAUCGGAGACUUUGUCUGGGUCUUCACUCCAGUACGAAAGGUUGCAUUAUCUGAAGAGCUCCUAAGACGUUACUUUGGACCGUAUCGAAUCACACGACAGCUCUCUGACGUGACGUACGAAAUAGAAAGUAUGGAACAAAAUAAGAAACGACGGAAUUCAAAAGACAUCGUUCACGUUUUGAGAUUGAAGCCCUAUCUUGAUCCAAAACUACAACUAGACGAUGAAAGAAAGCCCAAUAUUUCCAGAAGACUUGUUACAGGAAGCCAGACCAGAUCGCAGCGGGACGCUGCUUCUUCCUAA